ACUGUGAAUUUGUGAUUCAUUAGGUGCUGUUUGGGUUAUUCGGGGAUGUUUUUUCUGGUUUCUUCCUAGGCUUCAGCAUGGCCGGCGUUUCCCUGAAUUCUAAAGCCAUCAAUCUUCUCCACCACAUUCGCCUUCUCUGCUCUCGAGGCCACCUCCAAGAAGCUCUCAAGCUCUUUACUCCAUCACUCCCCCACCUCCACUCGUCCAUUCCCAUCACACAUACGCCGCAUUCUUCCACGCGUGCGCCCGCCGCAGUUAUCUCCCCCAAGGCCAAGCUCUCCACCGCCACAUGCUUUUACACAACCCUAAAUCUGAUUUCAACCUCUUCAUGACUAAUCAUGUUGAUAACGUGUAUGUUAAAUGUGGGUCAUUGGACUUUGCCCACCAAUUGUUUGAUGAAAUGCUGGAGAGGAAUAUUGUUUCCUGGACUGCUCUCGUUUAUGGGUAUGCCCAGCAUGGUCGACCUGAUGGGUGUUUUAGGGUCUUUAGGAGAUGUUAAUUUGGCACCGGCCAAUGGAGUUUGCGUUUGGCAGAGUGAUUAGUGCUUGUGGUGGGGACGACGAUUAUAGACGGCAGUUAACGCGCUUGCGUUGAAGACUUCUUUUGAUUCUUGUGUUUAUGUGGGGAAUGCUCUUAUUAUGAUGUAUUGCAGGAGUGUGUAUAAGGCUUGGAGUGUGUAUGAGGCAAUGGGGUUUCGCAAUUUGGUUUCUUGGAAUUUUAUGAUUGCAGGGUUUCAAGUCUAUGGAUGUGAAAAUCGAGCACUUGAGUUAUUCUCACAGAUGCACUUUGGUGGAAUUAUGCCACACUGAAAUUGAAGUGACCACUGCCUUGGUCAAGGCUUAUUCUAGGCUAGGAGGAGAGGUCAGUGAUUGUUAUAGGAUCUUCUUGGAAUUGGAUGGCCAUCAAGAUGUUGUUUCUUGGACUGCUAUUAUAGCAGUGUUUGCAGAACGGGACCCAGAAGAAGCCCUCCUCCUCUUUCGACAGUUCCUUCGACAGUGUUUGGCUCCAGAUCAUCAUAUGUUCUCCAUUGUCUUAAAAACUUAUGCUGGCCUUGCAACUGAGUGGCAUGCAUUGACUGUCCAGUCACAUGUUCUAAAAGUUGGAUUUGAGGAGGACACUGUGCUUGGAAAUGCCUUGAUUCAUGCCUGUGCUAGGUGCGGCUCCAUUGCAUUGUCAAAGCAAGCUUUUGACAAAAUGGGAUCCCAUGAUAUAGUUUAUUGGAAUUCAAUGUUGAAGGCAUAUGCUAUGCAUGGGCAAGGUACGGAGGUAUUGCAGCUCUUUUCACGAAUGGAUGCCCAACCUGAUGGCACCACCUUUGUUGUCCUCCUCUUAGCUUGUAGUUAUGCUGGAAUGGUGGAAGAAGGAACUAAAAUAUUUGAGACAAUGUCUAACAAUCAUGGUAUUGCUCCUCAACCUGAUCAUUACACAUGCAUGGUUGAUAUUCUAGGUCGAGGUCGAAUUUCUGAGGUAAAGGAGCUUAUAGUUAAAAUGCUAACGGAGCCUGAUCCAGUGGUCUGGAGUGCUUUGCUUGGUGGUUGUAGGAAACAUGGUGAAACCAAGUUGGCCAAGUUAGCUGCAGUGAAAGUAAAGGAGUUGGAUCCCAAUAAUUCAUUAGGAUACAUAUUGAUGUCAAACAUAUUUUGUACAGAUGGUCAUUUUAAUGAAGCAAGAUUAAUAAGCAGGGAGAUGGAAGGGAAGACAGUAAGAAAGGAACCAGGUUUGAGUUGGAUUGAGGUUGUAAAUCUGUUACAUGAGUUUGUCUCUAGAGGCCAACAACAUCCAGAAAGAGAGGCCAUAUGCGCCAGGCAUGAAUAGCUAGUUAGGGGAUUGAAGGAUUUGGGUUACGUGCCUCAAAUAAGUUUGGCCUUGCAUGAAAUAGAAGAUGAGCAGAAAGAGGAGCAACUGUAUUACCUUAGUGAGAAGCUGGCUUUGGUUUUCGCUUUGAUGAAUGUAGAUAGCAUGUGUUGUAGUGGGAACAUUAUAAAGAUUAUGAAGAAUAUCUGAAUUUGUGUAGAUUGUCAUAACUUUAUGAAGUUGGCAUCAGAACUUGUUGA